UUAUGGGGGUCUGUGAGGCUGCGCAGAGUCUGACUUUAAAGGAGGCGGAGCUUUGUCUUUCGUCCUCAAGAAAGACAGUGGGAUCGGCGAGUGGCGACAGCAGAAACGGAGCCUGAGCCCUGCCAGGGCUUUAGGCUUUUGGUUUUUAUCCAAUUCAACAUUAAAAAAGAGAAAAAAAAAUGGCUUCUGAAUCGGAAACCUUGAACCCCAGUGCUCGGAUAAUGACCUUUUACCCCACCAUGGAAGAGUUCCGGAACUUCAGUAGAUACAUUGCCUACAUAGAAUCCCAAGGAGCUCAUCGGGCUGGGCUAGCCAAGGUCGUUCCUCCCAAAGAAUGGAAGCCACGAACAUCCUAUGAUGAUAUUGAUGAUCUCGUCAUCCCUGCACCCAUCCAGCAGCUAGUGACCGGUCAGUCUGGACUCUUCACUCAGUAUAACAUACAGAAAAAAGCCAUGACUGUUCGAGAGUUCCGCAAGAUCGCCAAUAGUGAUAAGUACUGUACCCCACGGUACAGUGAAUUUGAAGAACUUGAGCGUAAAUACUGGAAAAACCUCACGUUCAAUCCUCCCAUCUAUGGUGCAGAUGUGAAUGGUACGCUCUAUGAAAAGCAUGUUGAUGAGUGGAAUAUUGGCCGACUGAAGACUAUCCUGGACCUGGUAGAGAAGGAGAGUGGGAUCACCAUCGAGGGGGUUAACACCCCAUACCUGUACUUCGGCAUGUGGAAGACAUCGUUUGCCUGGCAUACAGAAGACAUGGACUUGUACAGCAUCAACUACCUGCACUUCGGAGAGCCAAAGUCUUGGUACUCUGUUCCACCUGAGCAUGGGAAACGCCUGGAACGUCUUGCCAAAGGCUUUUUCCCAGGAAGUGCUCAAAGCUGUGAGGCCUUUCUCCGCCACAAGAUGACCCUGAUUUCCCCAUUAAUGCUGAAGAAGUAUGGCAUUCCCUUUGACAAGGUGACCCAGGAAGCUGGAGAGUUUAUGAUCACUUUCCCAUAUGGUUACCACGCUGGCUUCAACCACGGCUUCAACUGUGCCGAGUCUACCAAUUUCGCUACCCGCCGAUGGAUUGAGUAUGGCAAGCAAGCUGUACUGUGCUCCUGCAGAAAAGAUAUGGUGAAGAUCUCCAUGGAUGUGUUUGUGCGGAGGUUCCAGCCCGAGCGCUACAAACUGUGGAAAGCGGGGAAGGACAGCACUGUUAUCGACCAUACUCUGCCCACACCAGAAGCUGCUGAGUUUCUGAAGGACAGUGGACUACCCCCAAGAGCUGGGAAUGAGGAGUGCCCAGAAGAGGACAUGGAAGGGGUCGAGCAGGGAGAGGAGGGAGAUGUAAAGAGAAGCCUGGCCAAGCACCGAAUAGGGACAAAGCGACACCGAGUCUGUCUUGAAAUACCACAGGAGGUGAGCCAGAGCGAACUCUUCCCCAAGGAAGAGCUGAAUUCUGGACAGUAUGAGCUGACGGAGUGCCAGGCCACCCUCGCCCCAGUGAGGCCCACCCACAGCUCCGUGCGGCAAGUCGAGGAUGGCCUUCCCUUCCCAGAUUACUCUGACUCCACUGAAGUCAAAUUUGAAGAGCUGAAGAAUGUCAAACUAGAAGAGGAGGAUGAGGAGGAUGAGCCCGAAGCAGCCGCCUUGGACCUUUCUGUGAAUCCUGCAUCCGUAGGAGGACGCAUUGUCUUCUCAGGUUCCAACAAGAAGUCCUCUUCCAGCCUGGGCUCCAGUUCAUCCCAGGAUUCAGUUUCUUCCGAUUCUGAAACCAGCGAGUCUGUCUCUUGUCAAGGCCAGGAGAAAACAGGAGUUCUCACCGUGCACAGCUAUGCCAGAGGGGAUGGCAGGGCUGCCACAGGAGAGCCGAGUGUGAAGAAGAAGCGUAGUGCCCCCCGGAGCAUCAGCGAGCAGGAGCUGGCAGAGGUUGCCGAUGAGUACAUGCUUUCCCUGGAGGAGAAUAAGAAGACCAAGGGUCGCCGCCAGCCCUUAAGCAAGCUCCCGCGCCAUCACCCGCUCGUGCUGCAGGAGUGCGGCAGUGAUGACGAGACUUCUGAACAACUGACCCCUGAGGAAGAGACAGAGGAGACAGAGGCUUGGGCCAAGCCUCUGAGCCAGCUGUGGCAGAACCGACCCCCGAACUUUGAGGCCGAAAAGGAGUUCAAUGAGAUCAUGGCCCAACAGGCCCCUCACUGUGCUGUCUGUAUGAUCUUCCAGACCUAUAAUCAGGUGGAAUUUGGAAGCUUUAAUCAGAACUGUGGGAAAGCUUCGGAACCAGCUACUCAGACUCAGAGGACCAAGCCAUUGAUCCCAGAAAUGUGCUUUACCACGACUGGCUGCAGCACAGACAUCAACCUGUCUACCCCUUACCUGGAGGAGGAUGGCACCAGCAUGCUAGUGUCCUGCAAGAAGUGCAGUGUCCGGGUCCAUGCCAGUUGCUAUGGGGUGCCUCCCACAAAGGCUUCUGAAGAAUGGAUGUGUUCUCGGUGUUCAGCCAAUGCCCUGGAAGAAGACUGCUGUUUAUGCUCAUUGCGUGGCGGGGCCCUUCAGAGAGCAAAUGAUGACAGAUGGGUCCAUGUUUCAUGUGCUGUGGCAAUUCUAGAAGCAAGGUUUGUCAACAUCGCUGAGAGAAGUCCAGUGGACGUGAGCAAAAUACCUCUGCCCCGCUUCAAACUGAAGUGUGUCUUCUGUAAGAAGCGAAGGAAAAGGAGCGCUGGCUGCUGUGUGCAGUGUUCUCACGGCCGCUGCCCCACCGCCUUUCAUGUAAGCUGUGCCCAGGCUGCCGGGGUGAUGAUGCAGCCCGAUGACUGGCCUUUUGUUGUCUUCAUCACCUGCUUUCGCCACAAGAUUCCCAAUUUGGAGCGUGCUAAGGGGGCCUCGCUGAGCAUCACUGCCGGUCAGAAGGUCAUCAGUAAGCACAAGAACGGGCGCUUCUACCAGUGUGAGGUGGUCAGACUCACCACCGAGACCUUCUACGAAGUCAACUUUGAUGAUGGCUCCUUCAGUGACAACCUUUAUCCCGAGGACAUAGUGAGUCAGGACUGUCUCCAGCUGGGGCCUCCUGCGGAAGGCGAAGUGGUUCAAGUGAGAUGGACAGAUGGUCAAGUUUACGGGGCUAAGUUCGUGGCCUCCCACCCCAUCCAGAUGUACCAGGUGGAGUUUGAGGAUGGCUCACAGCUUGUGGUUAAGAGAGAUGAUGUGUACACGCUGGAUGAAGAGCUUCCCAAGAGAGUCAAGUCUAGACUGUCAGUAGCUUCAGACAUGCGCUUCAAUGAGAUUUUCACGGAGAAGGAAGUAAAGCAAGAAAAGAAAAGGCAGCGGGUCAUCAACUCGAGGUACCGGGAGGAUUACAUUGAGCCAGCACUAUACCGAGCCAUCAUGGAGUAGAUGCCUCCAGGGUCUCAGAGGUCUCCAGCCAUCAAGGCGAGAGCACUCAAGGGUUCCACAACACAGCAGACACUUGGAACUCAGAAGUCUCAAAAAGGAAAGCUGUACAAAGGAAAGGAAUGAAAUGUACGACCCCAUCACCUUCUCACUCCACCCUCAUUGAAUUCUGCCAUGAAAAGACAAGCCUUUUGGGGACACUUGGCAACCACUGCUGGUCUCCAGCUGAGGGGCUGACACUGGAAUGCUGUGACUGCAUCAGCCCCCAGUCCAAACAGGGGUCAGCUGUGCCUGCUGGGCUGAUCACUCUGUUCCUGGCCCAGGAUGUAGCUUCCUACCGCCCACCUGCAUCAGCAAGGCAGAGGUGCUGGUGCUCGACCUGAUUCCCUUUUAUAUUUAUGUGUGUGUGUGCGUGCGUGCAUGCAUGCGUGUAUGAGUGUGUGCGUGUGUGUAUGCUGGUGUGUUUGGUUUGGAUCAGCUUCUGACAGCCCCUAGCCUUCACUUCUUUGCCUCUGCAGGGCAAACAAAAUGUGAAAUUCUGCCCUCAGCUGAGCUGAGUCAGGGCCUGGGGGAUGGCUAGAGGUGGGGUACCAUCUGUCCCUACCUGGACUGGUGUCAAGAGGGUGUAGGCAAAGCUGUACUAUUGAGAUGCUAAGGAGCUGGCUGCCACCUCUUCGUCUGCCCUUGAAGUAGAACUCAGAGGUUACACACUAUGUGCCCACACUCUUUAGGCACAGAGCCCCUGUGGCACAGUAUUAGAGGGUGUGGGUGGGGACUGCCUUGAAGAGAGAAUUUUAAUGAUGGAAACACAGGCAGAGCCUGGUGGGUGAUUUUUGUCCAGAGGAAAUCACAGUUAUGCAGGGGCUAUGGGAUUAAGAUGAACUGGGGCCACUGGAGGCCAAGGGCAGGUGUAGCUAUGCCCUUGGUCGGGGUGGGGGGUACUGAUUGAGGGGGGGUGGGACUAGAGGGCAACAUUGAAGGGGUUAAACAGGUUUUUUGCUCCUCUUGAAUUUGUUUGCCUGGGCCCAGUAUUGGAGGGCUUCAUACCUUGCUCUGUAUACAGGAGUCAGAUUUAUAAUACUUCCCUUUUUUUGUUACGUAUGAACUCUAUAAACCAAAUUAUUUUGAAAACUGGUGCAUUACCUUGUCCUUAGCAAUAAAAUGUAUUGAACAGA